AAGCAAGAGCGAAAAGGAACAGAUCUCAAUAAGACAAUGCGUGGUUUUUGAUUCUCGUUUGCGUUUGUAAUCUUCUAUCCAUCCCAACACCUUGAAAGUAUGCAUGUGCUCAAUGUAAUUGUAAGUCCCCCCACCGCUCCCUGGAACUAGCCGAUCGGCAAUGACGACGGCCAAUGUGAAUUCUUAGCCCAAAAGUUCCUUCUCAUUUCAACGUCGUCUUGUCGCAAAGGCUUGGGCUGUGGCCAUGUCAUUUGCCAUCACCAACGCGGCGGGUCUUGCGCGACUUGGACCUGUGUCGCGACGCGCCUCUUCUACCACUGCUUUCUUGCUAAGCGCUCUUCAUGCCGCGCCAUAUAUUGCGCCUGCCUCAGCAAGCCAAACCACGGGCCUCCAUUCUCAGCAUACGCCUUCCCACUACGGACAGCCCACCUGCCCGCUGAACAGAGACACGUCCCCGGCCAGCGUCGGCUUGAGGUCAUUUCACUCCACAUCACACAACUGGCGGAGUACGCCGCAAUAUAGCUACCAUGUUGCGGCAUCGUAUUCAGCCAAACAGGACAACUUCGACGCAGAGCAAAACCUGUACACACAGCCAGUGCAUGACCCGAGCAAAAGCAAGAUUGAGGAUGUGCGCGAGUGCAAGGAAUUGCUUGAUAAGCGGAAACGGGCAAGGAGCGGACAGGAUGCCUUCUUCUUUAGCCAGGUGGGAAACACGAAUACCACGGCAUUCGGUGUAGCAGACGGGGUGGGAGGAUGGGUCGAGUCCGGGUUGGACCCCGCCGACUUUUCCCAUGGAUUGUGCGAGUACAUGGCUUGCGCUGCGCGCUCCUGGCCACACGGAUUCAACACGAGCUCGUUACACCCGAAGGAUCUGCUACAAGUUGCGUACGACGAGGUUACGGAUGACAACAGUAUUGAGGGCGGUGGCAGCACCGCUUGCCUGGCCAUCGCAGAACCGGAUGGCAACGUCGAGGUGGCCAAUCUGGGGGAUUCAGGAUUCAUGCACCUGGGCCUGAAUGCAGUGCGACAUUUCACGCAGCCGCAGACGCACGCCUUCAAUACCCCUUAUCAGCUCUCCAAGACCCCUCAACGCAUGCUCGUCCAAAUGGCUGUAUUUGGCGGCCCAUCCACUCUCUCGGAUCUACCCAAGGAGUCGAGUGUCACCCAUCACAAGGUGCGCCAUGGGGACGUCCUCGUGUUUGCAACCGAUGGUGUAUGGGAUAAUUUGAGCCCACAAGAUGCGCUAGGCAUAGUCAGCCGUCACAUGGUAGAUCUGGGCGCUUGGGUGGAGAAGGACGGCACGCUCGAAGUCGGACACGAUCUAGCUAAGCUGGUCCAAGCUGACCCUAAGCGCAAAGCCGACAGCUCAUCGCUCCAAGCAAAGGUGGCCGUUGCCAUUGCAAAAGAAGCAAAAGUGACUGGGCUGAACACUCGCCGGGAUGGCCCUUUCGCUAAGGAGGUGCAACGAUAUUACCCCGGAGAAAACUGGCAUGGCGGCAAGCCCGAUGACAUUGCUGCAGUGGUAGCUGUCGUACUUGAGGAAGCCCCUCAACAAGCAAAACUAUGA